AUGGCGACACAGUCACCGAUUACUCGUGAGAAUCUUCAGGAUUCAACUCAUGAUUACUACAUUCAUCCGAAUGAGAAUCUGUCCCUGGUGCUUGUGACUCCGAUUCUGGAUGGAAGCAAUUAUCACAGUUGGACUCGUGCGAUGGAAAUGUCUUUACAGAUGAAGAACAAAUUCGGUUUUGUUGAUGGAUCUAUUGCAAAGCUUCCUGAUACAGAUCCUAUGCUCUCUGCCUGGAAGCGAUGUAACAAUCUUGUGGCUAUCUCAUGCGACUCAUGGAUCAAUCACUCUGUUUCGCAUGAGAUAGCCACAAGUAUCAUCUGGAUUGAUACUGCUUCAUUUGCUUGGAAGGAUCUGAAAGAUCGGUUUUCACAAGCUGUGAAAACAUUCAAGAAGUAUCAAGACAAUGAUUGUGUACUUUGUUUCCUGCGAGGCUUGAAUGAUAACUAUGCUGCAGCUCGCUCACAGAUAUUACUCAUGGAUCCUUUGCCUGUUUGGCCAAAGAUAUUCUCUAUGAUCAUACAGCAGGAGACAUCUUGA